GGUUUGUUUGGGCGUACCCACCCUCAUUUACCCAAAAAAGGGAAAAGAGAAAACAGAAAGCUCUUGUCCUUCUUGAGCUUCUCUGGUAGCAUGAUCAUCUCCUACCUCCUCUUCGUCAUCAACUCUUAAGACUGUCGCGCAUUCAGAUCCUUAGAAAUUUGAGCAUGGUGGAGAGGAACUAUAAUUAUCAACUUGAGGUUGCGAGUUAGCAAAAUUCGAUUUGUGAAAUCGUCCAUUUCACAGUGUCUUUUUGAAGAAACUAGUUGGGACUUCCCUCAACCAGCUUGCCGGCAGGAAGAAAACUCACGGCUUUCGACAUCUUACAAUACACAACUCUGGUGUGUGCAAGAUAGACUCUAUUAAAUAGUUGCAAUGAGCACCGAGCAACAGAAUGCUUCUUCGUCCUCUUACCGAUGCACAUAUGAUGCUUUCUUGAGUUUCAGAGGCACAGAUACACGCAAGGGCUUUACAGAUCACCUCUACAAGACUUUGGAGUUGGCAGGAAUCCACACUUUUAGAGACGAUGAUGAAAUUGAGAGAGGAGCCAACAUUGAACAGGAGCUACAGACAGCAAUACAAGAGUCACGAGUUUCAGUCAUUGUUUUCUCCAAGGACUACGCCUCUUCCAGGUGGUGCCUGAAUGAACUUGCUAUCAUCAUGGAACGUAAAAGAACAGAUGGACACAUGAUUGUGCCAGUUUUCUAUGAUGUGGAACCAUCAGAUGUCAGGAAGCAGAUGGGCAGUUUUGCAGAAUCAUUUACUAGACAUGAAAAGCGAUUCAAGGACGAGAUGGACAAGGUGGAAGAGUGGAGGCAAGCUCUUAGAGAUGUUGCAGACUUGGGAGGGAUGGUUUUAAGAGACCGGUACGAGUCGCAGUUUAUCCAAGAUAUUGUUGAAAUGAUUGGAAAUAAACUGGACUACAUGACGAAUAGGAGAUUAAGAGUUGAUCCCCAUGUGAUUGGACGAGGUUACUAUGUGGAAAGCCUAAACAUGUGGCUGGAAGAUGGAUCAAAUGACGUUGGAGUAGCUGUCAUCCAUGGAAUGGGUGGAAUAGGCAAGACCACCAUUGCUAAAAUUGCUUAUAACCAGAACUUCUCUAAAUUUCAAGCUAGCAGCUUUCUUUCAGAUAUUAGGGAAACUUCCAAACAAGCCAAUGGUUUUGUUCACUUGCAAAGGAACCUUCUUUCAGAUAUCCAAAAGAGGAAAAUGGAAAAAAUAUACAGCCUUGAUGAAGGUAUAGUAAAGAUCAAACGGGUUGUAUGUUGCAAAAGAGUUCUUAUUGUUCUUGAUGAUGUGGAGAACUUGGAACAGUUCAAUGCAAUUCUUGGAAUGCGAGACUGGUUCCAUCCUGGAAGUAAAAUUAUAAUAACAACUAGGCAUGAACAUUUGUUAAAGGCUCAUGAAGUUGUAAGGUUUAAGGUUGAAGGAUUGCAUGAGUAUGAAUCACUUAAGAUUUUCAGUUGGCAUGCCUUUGGACAACCCCAUCCUCAAGAAGGUUACAUGGAGCUUUCAAGACCCAUAGUAGAACAUUGUGGAGGGGUUCCAUUAGCUCUUCAAGUUCUGGGAUCUUCUCUAUAUGGAAAAACAAUUGAUUUUUGGAAAAAUGCAUUACACAACUUAGACUUGAUUUCUGAGGGGAAAAUUCGAAAGAUUCUUGGCAUAAGUUUUGAUUCUUUACAAGAUCAUGAUAAACGUUUAUUCCUACAUAUAGCUUGUUUCUUCGUGGGAAAGGACAAGGAUUUUACAACUACAAUCCUUGACGAAUGUGAUUUUUCCACAGAGGUUGGACUUCAACAUCUGGUUGACAGAUGUCUUGUGGAAAUUAAUGUCCACAACAAGUUAAUGAUGCAUCAAUUACUUCAAGACAUGGGAAGGGCAAUAAUUCGUGAAGAAUCACCUGAGGACCCUGGAAGACGCAGUAGACUGUGGCAUAAAGAUGCAUUUAACGUUUUGACAAAAUUAACGCAGGGUACGAGAACUAUCAAGGGCCUCAUGCUCAACUUUCCCUUAACAGAGUCAUCUCCGGUAUUAAAAACGAAGGCAUUUGCAGAGAUGCUCAAUCUUGAACUACUUCUGCUUGAUAAUGUAAAGUUGAGUGGAAGCUAUGAAGAUUUUCCAAAAAAUUUAAUAUGGCUAUCUUGGCUAGGAUUCUCUUUAAAAUCAAUACCAGCCAAUUUUUGUUUGGAAAAUCUAGUUGUUCUUGACUUACGGAAGAGCAGUCUGCAACAUAUUUGGAAAGGAACCAGGUUUCUUACAAGAUUGAAAAUUCUUAAUCUCAGUCAUUCGCAUGGCCUUAGGACAACAUCUGACUUGUCCGGACUCCCUAACCUUGAGAAACUAAUUCUUAAGGAUUGCAUUAAUUUGAUUGAUGUUGAUGAAUCCAUUGGAAACUUGGGGAAGCUUAUUUUCUUGAAUCUAAAAGACUGCAAAAGUCUUAAGAAGCUUCCAAAAAGAAUGAACAUGUUGAGCUCUCUUGAGGAACUUAUUCUUACUGGUUGCUCAAAGCUUGUUCUUCAUGACGGUGCCAUGGUGGAUCAUUUACAUUCUACAUCUAGGGAUAUGAAUAAACUUAGACUAUUAUCAAUUAUAUCAUGGACACCAAUCAGGUAUUGGUGGAUGUCGGCAUGGCCGGGAAAGACUCUUCAAUUAACGAGUUUCUCUCUGGCAAGUUUACCCCGUUUUUUGGGAAGCUUAAGUUUGUCUUACUGCAACGUGUCAGAGGUGCCCAAUGAUCUGUGUACACUAUCUUCGUUGAAGCAUUUGAAUCUAAUUGGUAAUCCAAUUUUGUGCCUACCACAACAAAUAAAGAGUCUUAUUGUGCUCGAGACUCUUUUGUUAGAUAAUUGCACAAACCUCGAAAUUCUUCCAGAGCUCCCACCAAGGUUGAAGAGGUUAGAAGCAAAAUAUUGUACAUCGUUGAAAAGAUUAACAAAUUUACCAAACUUAUUCAGAUCAUUGGAAUCACUUUUUUGGGGUUGUGAGCAUUUAGUUGAAGUUGAAAGCUUGUUGAAUAUAAAACCGCUGAGAAGCGCUGACAUAGAAAUGACAAGAUAUAUGGGCCUGUUCAAUUUGAAAUCCAUAGCAAGCACUGAUGUCGAAAUGAUCAACUAUUUGACCGGUACAACCAGGAUGGCUCCUGUCCAGGUACUCUAUGAAUGUGGCAUAUAUAGCAUUUUCUUUCAUGGAAGCAAGACUCCAGAUGGAUUUAGCUUCACAACAAGAUACAGAUCUGUGCUGUCAGUUAUUGCACCUUCACAUCCUAAUCCAAAAAUCCGAGGCUUGAAUUCAUGUGUUUUAUAUGCAAGAGAACCAGGCUUGGUUAUUGAUGACUAUCUUGUUAGUGCUAUGCAUUUGAUUAAGGUCAGUAAUCAGACCAAGGGUCUUAUGUGGACGUAUUCUCCAGUCACAGUAGGUUUUCCAACUGAGAAAGAAGAUAUGCUAUGGCUAAGCCAUUUUCGAUUUGGAAACAAUGAAUUGGAGUAUGGGGACGAAAUACGUGUUUCGGUGGAGAUGCAUGAUUUUCAGAUAAAGGAGUUCGGAAUCCAGCUUGUGUACGAGCAGGAAAGGUCUCCUUGUAGCCAGAAUAAUGUUGUUGCUGGAGAUGUGUCAAUGUCAACAUCAGAGUACCAAAUGUGGACAGGAAAAUACUUUCUCAGUAAUCAUAGGCACCGUACUCAUCAGGCUCAAUUCCGAAUGAGACAGGAGAAUCCAGCACAUAAUGAAUUUUCAUUUGGGCCAGAGCAUCAGGUUCAUAACUUAUUCAAGGCCCAAGGACCAUUAGAAAAUAUUGUGAGAGGAUGUCUAGCAGAUUCCCUAUCUGCUUCUCGCCACCUGUUUUGGCGAAAAUGAAGAGAAACAUUCUCAAUUCUUUGUCCAACAUCAGUCAUUUUCCUUGGUGAGUACCGUCUUUUUGUAUGUUGUUGUUCUCUCGUUCUGAAUAUAUACUCGUGGCUUUGUUGGAUUUGUUGCUUUUUGCUUAUUGUCAUAAAGACCAAUCAAGGAAACAAAACCGGAACAUUCCUCAUGA